ACUUGUUUGCACUUCACGGGUGGUGGAGAAUUUUCAUCUAAGGUUAUCAGACGCAAUAGAAUUGUAUAGAAAUCAAAAUGUUCUGUGAGUAUUGAGAUUCAUCAGUGCUUUCAUUCCUUUCGUCAAGUAUUGCUCUCUAUUGCUUUUUUCCCUGCUAAAGUGUUCGUUUCUUUUAACAUUGUGAUCCACGAAUUUUCCUAAGAGGUGCAGAAGUUAGACAAAUAUUCCAUGAGAAAUAAUGAAGAAGUCGCAAGUGCACAUUUCACAUAAGAAAUCUCUGAUGUAGAGGAAAAUUCUAUAUUUCUUUGCUGUUGCCUAUUCGCGUACGGAAGACCAUUGAAAAGAUUCACCAUUUGGACACGAGAAGUUAGUUGAGUGCGAGUUGUGCAAGGGAUAAGCCAUACACAAUUUUUACCCAUAAACAAUUCUGUGUUUGAUUGUACAUUGUGUUUUAAACUUCUUAAUUGAGAGGUGAUUAAUGCACUAUAUAUAGUUCUUUUUCCUCACAUACCACCAAUAUGGCAGAUUAUAUACACGGCAACUGAAAGAGAAUUUAUGAGAGAUAUAUUGGUCACUUUUAAUAGGAAAUGGGACGUUUAAAUCAACAAGCUGAUUCAAAAAAAUAUUGACGUGAUUGUAGUGUAUGCUGUUCAUCAGCGGGGCAGGUUAUUGGUGUCCAGAGUUGGAAGACAAUGUUUUCAUCAAACAUUCUGGGAGUGGCGAUAGUGCUUUUAGGUCUCAUGCUAAAACUCUUACCUGUUGUUAGUGGUCAACCAGGACAACCACAGACAUGUCCUGCAGCUAGUGAAAUCGCCCCAUGUGCUUGCCAAGUGAAAAAGAAUGGCUUGGAUAUACUCUGUGAGGCUACAGAUAUCUCUCACAUAAACAAAGCUAUGGGCACACUUAAAGGAAAGAGCCCCAUUAUAUUUUAUCUCAAACUUCGUCACAAUAAUUUACCAAAACUUCAAGGAUUUGUUUUCUUGGCACUGGACAUCAGGCACUUAACCAUCCACAAUAGUAGUUUAGCCGCUAUUGAAGAAACAGCCCUCAGCUCCCUAGGCAAAGGUCUUACUCAAUUGGAUGUCUCUCAGAAUCAACUCUCUAACGUCCCAUCGAAUGCAGUAAAAAAUCUCCACCACCUUCUGAUCCUGAAUUUGAACCACAACAAAAUCUCUCAGAUCCACAAUAAAGCCUUUGAAGGACUUGAUACUCUCGAGAUCUUAACUAUGUACGAGAAUAAGAUAACAUCCAUUGAGCCUGAAGCUUUUCGUGGUCUGGAUAAGAAAUUGAAAAGGCUUAAUCUUGGCGGAAAUGAUUUAGCAACUGUUCCUCAAAAGUCUCUCUCCAUUUUGGAUACACUGAAGAAACUAGAAAUCCAAGAGAAUAAGAUUAAGAAAAUAAAAGACGGAGAUUUCGAGGGAUUACGAAAUUUGGAUUCCCUAAUUCUGGCUCAUAACCAAUUAACCGAGGUACCCGCGAACGUUUUUCGUCAUUUGACUCUUCUCAAUUCCCUGGAGCUGGAAGGAAAUUCUAUCUCCUACAUUGACAAAGAUGCGUUUGCUGGUUUAGAAGAGAAUCUUCAAUAUCUGAGAUUGGGUGACAACAAUUUACACAUAAUUCCAAGUGAUGCUCUAAGGCCUCUUCAUCGACUCAGGCAUCUGGACUUGAGGUCUAAUAAUAUCAGUGUUAUAUCUGAAGAUGCAUUUGUUGGUUUUGGGGAUUCCAUAACAUUCUUGAAUAUGCAGAAGAAUGACAUUAAAGCGCUACCGGCAAUGGCAUUUGAGAAUCUAAAUUCUCUGGAAACCCUAAGCAUUCAAAAUAACAAGCUUACACGAAUCCCAGAGGAGGUUAUGGAGCCAAUAAUGGAUACCCUUCGUGUUGUUGAUAUUAUGGAUAAUCCCCUGGUAUGUUCUUGUGAACUUAUCUGGUUCCCCAAUCUUCUUCAGGACCUGAAGAAUCGUGAUGACGAAAUGACCCAGAAGAAGCGACCCAUGUGCACAAUGCCGAAUGAGAAUCGGGAAUAUUUUGUGCAGAAUAUGCCAUUAGACCGCAUGAAUUGCAUAAGGAAGAGUAAUAUGGGCCAGGCUGGGAUGAACUAUAUUGGGGGAUCCGCAAACUUUCUGGUCAGCAUUGUUUUAGUAUUUUCAAUGGGUGCUCUGGAUCUUGUUUGGUUUAUGCUAACAUGCGUAAUUUAUUGAUGUCAACUCCCCAAUACUCGCAAUGCAAAUCGCGAUAGAGAUUUUAUUUGGGUAGCAAGAGAAAACAUCAAUUGAUCCACAUUGAGUUUUUCUAAAUCAAACCUAGUAAAGCCGAGUGUCAGUGGCUGAUACGGUACGAUUUUGAGAAAUUCUCAAUAAGAUCAAUUUUUGUCGUAAUUCUAAUCGAUGGAUGCAAACACUUUUUUUUUAGAAUGAGCAAAUAUAUUGUUUAAUUUUACAAUAACAUAGUGGUUAACGUUAUUGCAACAUUGCUAAUUUGAAUGUUAAGAGAUCAAGUUCUAAGUAAACAUAUAGAAUUUAAAUGAUAAGAAAAUCUGUGAAUUGCAAUCAUAUCACAACAUUUUUAUAUGAAUUAUUAAUGUAUAUUAUUGAAAGAGAAGACAUAUAUUUACAUUUUUUGAACUAAUAUGUAUAUUAACGAAAAAGAAAUAAGUUUUUAGAAAAAAAAGAAGUAAAAAAAAAAGAAACAAGGGAAAGCAAAUAGCAAAAACUAACUCAAUUAAAGUAAUAUUUAGUGAGUGAGAUCUUUGAGACGCAAUUUUUUAAACGGAUCCGAAAUCUGUCGUGUUUUUGGUAGUACAACAUAAUUAUGAUAUUAAAAUAUACAAUUAAAUAAGAUUAUAAAACACAAUUAGUAAACGAUACAAAUAUCAGUAACAAUGUCUUAUAAAUGAAAGAAAAAAGAUAAGUUACAUUAAAACGGUGUAGGAAUGAGAGUAUUUUCUAGUAAAAGAAAAUUCUGAAUUUUAUUUAAAAAAAUAUGAACCAAGUGAAAUAUCAAACUUAUUCAGAAAAUUAUAAUUUAAAAAAAAAAGCUCUUGUAUAAUGCAAGAACUGAAAAUAAAUCAAGCUUCUAUGUGGGCAAAAUUUAAAGUGAAAAUAUUAUUUAUUAGUGCUGAAAAUUUUGUUAAAACAUGAAAUUGAGAAGUUAUCUCAUACCAGAAAAAAAACAUUGAAAACUUGAGGUAGUUGCACAAACUCAAAAGAUAUAAGUAAUUUUGAGACUCAAUUUUAUUUGCAAAAUUCGAAAAAUCGAUGCAAAUUACAAAAAUACUGAUAUAAUAAACCCAUAAUGGUGGCUAAAAAACCAAAAAUUGGAUAUCAACAGAAUGAAGUUUUCGUAACUCAUUUUUUAAACAAAAAAAAGAACAUUAAUGAGAUUGUAUCAUUUUGAAAGAAAAAAAACUUUUGCGUAUGCCAUUGUUAUAGAACAAAGUAAAUAAUUGGGAGAUGCUGUGAUGAAUUUUCAUGUUAAAAAAAAUUUACUCGCUGAAUAGUGACAAAAAAUUGUUAUUUUUUAAAAAAGCUAAAAUAUGAGACAUAUCUUGAAAAAAAACUUUAAUCGAUACAUAUCAGCGUAUUUUAAAUACUUUUUUUGUGUAAAGUUUCUACAAUAUUCUCAAUGUAACGUGAAAUAUGAGUGUUUUCAAUUGAUAUUCAACAUUCCAAGUAAAAAAAAGAAAAAAAAAACCAAAGUCGCAAACAUAUCCAAUUCUGUCGAUAAAGAGAUUAGAUAAAAUAUAAAAAAAUAAAACAGGGUGCACAAUGGUCAGGAUGCCGUGUUUUCUUAUAAACAGUCUUAGACAAAGAAAGACAAAAAAAAAGAGAAAUAUCAAGCCUCUUUAUGACAGAUGCCUUUCUCUAUAUUACAUCAUAGUUCUAAGGUGAAUCUACAAAUUUGAUUAUUUUUAAGAGUUGCUAUAAAAUAUAAGAAUAUCUUACAAGUCUGUGUUUUUUUCAAUUUUUAUUGCGGAAAGACAUGUAUUGUGAAGGCAAAAAAGUUUGGGAAUUUUAAAGAGUUUCACUAAAGAAUUAACUUUUGAAAAAUCUACUUUUCCAAUCCAUUGUAAGAAAAUUUUGAGAGAAAAGAAAAUUUUGAAACAUAUCACAAAACUGGAAAUGAUUUAUUGAAAUUUGGAAAUUAGAUAUUUAACUAAUCUUUGUCAAUUCGGAAAUCUACAAUUUUGAAACAUUCCAGCAUACAAAAAAUAUUAAUUAAAUUUUACCAAAAUGAGAGAGAAAUACUGCAUGUAAUGUGAAAAAAAAAUUAAUUGAUGGAGUAAAGAUCUAAUUAGGCUAAGAAAUGAUAUGUGUACACAUAAAUAUUUAGUGUUUUAUGAGUAAUCACUAUUAUCAUAUUUAAUUGACUAUUAAUGUUUCUGUGUAUUACAUUAAUCGUAUAAAACUUAUCUAUUUAAAAAAUAAUAAUAAACCCGGCUUUUGAUUUUCUGAAA